AUGAGGUGGCGAAUGCUAAUGCUCAAGUCUCUAGUCCAAAGGCUAAAUGAGAAUCUAAUCAGAACACAAGUUCUUUGGGUAUCACAUCUGCAGCUUCAGCUGAAUCUUGAAAGUUCCAUGGUCUGUAAUCCAAGUGGUCUAGAUACUGAAGAACCACUACAAGUAGUAGUUUUCGACUUGACAAUCUGUGAAUUGGGUUCUCUUAUAACCCACGUACUGAAGAACCACUCCCGAUCAGCAGCCUCCCCACCUCCUGCUAUUGGUUUACAAAAUCCUUACAAUCCACGUGCUUCUCAUGUGAUUAGCAUGAUCACCAGAAAGGAAUUGAUAUUUGAGCAGGCCAAUAAUGAUUCAGGUUCUGUGGAGCUCCAUUCAACUAGUGUAAUGCCCCUAUGA